CUCACUUUAUUACUCUGGAACCUAUUUUACAAUUGUGUCUCAUUGCUUUUGUACAAUCUUCUGGCUUUUCUUCCAACUAUUCACAUCAUGAGAGUUCUGGUCCCCUUAGUGGUGUCUAGCAUUGGCUGGGCCCUGGUUGACGCCCUUCCACAUGGUAGCGCCGCUUUCACAGAAGUACCGUUAACCAACACCACUGGGGUGACUGUCACGGUCUCGGUUCCCGGCUGCACAACCACGACCAUCACUCUUGCAAGGUCUUGUACCUCGUGGGCACCUUUCCCUUCUUGGGCUCCGACUCAGUCAGUUGUGGAAGGAGAGACCUCCGUCGACCGGGCACAGGGCUCCGUCACCUACACCACGGAUACCCAGGGACAGCCUGUUUCGUCCACUUUGCCUCCGCUCGUUAUCCCAACUAGUUUUGUCUUAACCGAGACAGAGACCGCGACUUGGUACUCUGAUUAUAUUUCCAGCGUGGAGCCGACGGUGACAGAAACCAUCCUUCCUUCGUCGAGAACAACAUUGUCCAGUGAUGCCAUCCCGACAUGGACCAACUCGAGCGUGACCGUUACUGUUACUGCUACGCAGACGCAGACAGAGACGACGACAGAACAAACCACUCUCCAUUCCAUCAGCACAGCACAACCAUCUGAUGCCGAGCCGUCUGAGUCACAGUCCACAGUCACGCGCACAGUUGUUGUCGUGGUGACGACGGUAGUCUCAACCACUACGUAUACCCCAUCCACGUCCAGCUCGGCCUUCUUCGAAGUCUCGAGUGCGCUGCCCGUCUUCUCGGACAGUGUUUCGAGUUCGGCUCUUCUCAACUAUCCGACGGAAACCUCCGGCGGGAUACUCAUCACGUCGACAUCGUAGCCGACGCAAAACAUCCAGGUACCCUGUCAUACCGGUGAGGAGGCUCAUAGAGAUGUCUUGUCUGAGGAGGGAGCGGCCUCGGCUCCUUCCCGCAGCUUCCUUAGGGCGAGCGAAUAACAGAUGAGGCUGGGGUAUGCACGGAGUCGGGUUUCAAAUCGGGCUUUUCGUACAUGUUGAGAGGGUCUGGACAUUGACUGGACAAAUUUAUGCGUAAUUUUGUGAAUGAGGAACUCGCGCAGGUCCGGGUCUGUCGUGCAAUAUGGCUGGCGGUAGACAGGAAGAAAAGACGGUAGUCCUAUAAGUCCCCACCCCGGCUUUUGGAACACCCCC